UCCUGGUUGGCGCGCGCCCGGGGCGGCGGCGCUGGAGGAGCUCGAGACGGAGCCUAGUUAUGUCUGGGAGGCGAACGCGGUCCGGAGGAGCCGCUCAGCGCUCCGGGCCAAGGGCCCCAUCUCCUACUAAGCCUCUGCGGAGGUCCCAGCGGAAAUCAGGCUCUGAACUCCCGAGCAUCCUCCCUGAAAUCUGGCCGAAGACACCCAGUGCGGCUGCAGUCAGAAAGCCCAUCGUCUUAAAGAGGAUCGUGGCCCAUGCUGUAGAGGUCCCAGAUGUCCAAUCACCUCGCAGGAGCCCUAGGAAUGGGGCAGGGGUUUUCUCUGUUUUAUUCCCUGCUGUGUUCCCAGUGCCUGGCACAGGACAGGUGACUGAUAAAUACUUAUGGACUGAGUGGACAUUUAGGACAAUCCUCAUCAGCUGUGUGGCAGAUGGACCACAGCAGAUUUCCUUUUUCUUGGAGAAAGAAAACGAGCCCCCUGGCAGGGAACUUACUAAGGAGGACCUUUUCAAGACACACAGCGUCCCUGCCACCCCCACCAGCACUCCUGUGCCGAACCCUGAGGCCAAGUCCAGCUCCAAGGAAGGAGAGCUGGACGCCAGAGACUUGGAAAUGUCUAAGAAAGUCAGGCGUUCCUACAGCCGGCUGGAGACCCUGGGCUCUGCCUCUACCUCCACCCCAGGCCGCCGGUCCUGCUUUGGCUUUGAGGGGCUGCUGGGGGCAGAAGACUUGUCCAGAGUCUCGCCAGUGGUGUGCUCCAAAUUCACCGAGGUCCCCAGGGUCUGUGCAAAGCCCUGGGCCCCAGACAUGACUCUCCCUGGAAUCUCCCCACCACCCGAGAAACAGAAACGUAAGAAGAAGAAGAUGCCAGAGAUCUUGAAAACGGAGCUGGAUGAGUGGGCUGCGGCCAUGAAUGCCGAGUUUGAAGCUGCUGAGCAGUUUGAUCUCCUGGUUGAAUGAGAUGCAGUGGGGGGUGCACCUGGCCAGACUCUCCCUCCUGUCCUGUACAUAGCCACCUCCCUGUGGAGAGGACACUUAGGGUCCCCUCCCCUGGUCUUGUUACCUGUGUGUGUGCUGGUGCUGCGCAUGAGGCCUGUCUGCCUUUGAGGGCUUGGGCAGCAGCGGCAGCCAUCUUGGUUUUAGGAAAUGGGGCCACCUGGCCCAGCCACUUACUGAUGUCCUGUCUCUUGUCGUCCUGUCCUUCCUAUCUCCCCAAAGUACCAUAGCCAGUUUCCAGAUGGGCCACAGACUGGGAGGAGAAUCAGUGGCCCAGCCAGAAGUUAAAGGGCUGAGGGUUGAGGUGAGAGGCACCUCUGCUCUUGUUGGGAGGGGUGGCUGCUUGGAAAUAGGCCCAGGGGCUCUGCCAGCCUCGGCCUCUCCCUCCUGAGUUGCCUUCUGUUGGUGGCUUUCUUCCUGAACCCACCUGUGUAAAGAGGUUUUCAGUUCCGUGGGUUUCCCCUUUGAUUCUGUAAAUAGUCCCAGAGAGAAUUCAUGGGCUGAGGGCAAUUCUGUCUUGGAGGAAGAAGCUGGACAUUCAGCCUGUGGAGUCUGAGUUUUGAAGGAUGUAGGAAGCCUUAGUUGGGUCUCAGACCAUAAGUGUGUACUACACAGAAGCUGUGUUUUCUAGUUCUGGUCUGCUGUUGAGAUGUUUGGUAAAUGCCAGGUUGAUAGGGCGCUGGCUGCUUGGAGCAAAGGGUGCAUUUCAGGGUGUGGCCACCAGGUGCUGUGAGUUUCUGUGGCUCAUGGCCUCUGGGCUGGUCCCUUGCACAGGGCCCACGCUGGAGUCUUACCACUCUGCUGCAGGGGUGGAAGGUGGCCCCUCUUGUCACCCAUACCCAUUUCUUACAAAAUAAGUUACACUGAGUCUACUUGGCCCUAGAAGAAAAAGUUGAAGAGUCCCAGUCCUACUAGCAUUUUGCAACUAUGCUUGUAAAGUCCUCGGAAAGUUUCCUCGCGUAACAGACAGCAGCGGGGGCUGAUAGCAAUUUUAGUUUUUGGCCUCCCUAUCCUCUCACAUGAGAACACUGCCUGGAUGCAUCUCAUGAUCUCUGGAGAAUUUCCCCAUCUUUCUCUUUCAAUCCUGUGGAUUCAAUAGUGUGGAUUUGAAGGCUGCCCUGCCGCCGACUCUCCUGCCACACCCCUGGCCAUUGUACCUUUUGAUGUUUAGAAGUUCGUGGAAGUAGACGCUGAGGUGUGCAGAGAAGCUGGUGGAUAACAGAGAAUGCCAGGGAAGAUGAGUGCUGGGUUAGGGUACUUGGAUGAAACGGUGCAGGCCAGGCGGGCCCUAAUAAAACCCUCUGCCAGGUCUGGGAGUCCCAGGCCAUAUGCUCCACGCUCUGUGGUUUGUCAGACCUGCAAGCAAGCCCCCUGCCGGGGAAGCCUAGGUGUCCUUGAGCUGAACCGCACUGAAGAACUCUUGUCCUCACUGGCUGAUGCAGCAGAACUCUUGGGAAAUGUCUUAGUCCUGCAGAAUCAGGAGUCACCAGAUGAUGCAGAGUUGAGAUCAUCAUUGCAAACUUCUCUGUUCCUGAGGAACUAAAUUUAAGGAAAAAAUGGGAUUUUGUUUUAGAGUUGGAAAAAAAGCCUGAUUAAAGAGUUUCUGCCUGUUCA